AUACCUUCCUAGCAAAGGGCUCUGCUACUCUGGAGAAAUUGAAGGACCUCUGUAACAAAGGGGAAGAACAUCCUUCUGUGCUUUGGCAGCUCUAUACACAGGCUGUCUUAGACGUUACAUAUUUUGAGGAAAACCUGCUUGUGGAUGAAGAUUUUCCGGAAGAAUCUUCCAUGCAAAAAGUUAAAGAACUUAUUUGUAUUCUUUCAGAACCAGAAGUCCUAGUGAGGGAAUGCAACAUAGAUGAAGAACCCAUCAACAUCCUUGGUGCAGAGUUGUUAGAAUGUCUUUACUGGAGAAAAGGAGCCCUGCUUUACAUGUAUUGUCAUACAGCAAAAGAAAGGAUUGAAUGGCUACAGGAAAACAUUGCCAUGUUUAAAAAGUGUCUUAAUGAUGGAGUUCAUUACUUGAUGAAGAUGCUUAGCUUUAGAUGCCCUCUUCAGCUAAAUGAAGAUGUUUCACUUCAAGAUAAAGACACAGCUAGAUUACUCACUGAAGGUGUAUUUAGUGACACUCACUUACUGGCAAUGAUGUACAGUGGAGAAAUGUGCUACUGGGGACUGCGGCACUGUGGAGAAGGAAAGCAGGAAAGCCUUGAGAUGACAGAUUCCGUCACUAACAGUGACCUGGGCUGCAGAUCACAGAGCGCGUGGCUGGAUUUCCGAGAAACGGGCAAAAACAUGUUAACGAAGUAUGUGACUGUAUGUGAGGGACCUUUAAAAGGCCAAGGGUGGAACACAACAACUGCAAAACAAAUGUUGUGUUACUUUGUGAAAUCCCACAAUUAA